UCUAUCCAUGUAUUGUCCUCCUUCACACUUUCAGUUCAAGGUCACUAGUCACGGGUGACUCAUUGAAUUCCGCUAUAAAAUCCUAGGAUCAAGUUCAUCAUUUGCCUCGAAGAAGAUUUAGUAAUCCUCUGUGAACCCAAAGUUAUGGGUUCUAAGGGUACAGCCAUGUUCUUCAUCUUCAUGAUUUUCAUGUUAAUGGCAUUGCCGCCAAUGCAGGCUUGUGGCUAUUGCUCACAGCCACAGCCACCUUACCGCUACCCAAGCCCACCUUACCGCCGCCCAAACCCACCGACAAUUCCUCAUCCUCAUCCUCAUCCUCCAUCCAAGAAGCACCCACCCGGCCACCACAAAGAGCGACCGAUAGUAUCGCCGCCUUCAAAUAAUCCACCAGUAAUAACACCUCCGGUAGUAAACCCUCCGGUGACCAUUCCGCCACCCUCAAGCACGUACCCACCUUAUACUGGUAACCCCCCUUCCGGGGGUGGCGGCGGCGGUGGUGGUGGUGGAGGCGGCGGCGGCGGUGGCGGAGGAGGAGGAGGUGGUGGUCUUCCAGGUCUUAACCCUCCCCCCUCUACUUCACCAACUUGUCCAGUAAAUGCGAUUAAAUUAGGAGCUUGCGUGGAUGUGCUUGGAGGUUUGGUGCAUAUUGGUUUGGGGAAUCCAGUGGAGAAUGUAUGCUGCCCGGUGCUUGGAGGCUUGCUAGAGCUUGAAGCAGCUGUGUGUCUCUGCAUUGCCAUAAGGCUUAAGCUUCUUAACCUCAACAUAUUCAUUCCUAUUGCUCUAGAAGCCCUUAUAACUUGUGGGAAGACUCCUCCACCUGGUUUCGUAUGUCCUCCUCUCUAGUAAGUCAAGUCAAAAGUGUAUUCCAUUGUUGAAAUAAGUUCUGAGUUUCUACUUUUCACGCUUGGUCUUUGUUUUCUGUUAGGGUUUUGAUUAUUGAUGGUUUUGGUUAGCGUUUGGUGUUUCUGUUGUGUUUAGAAUUUGACUUGUGGUGGUGGCAUACUCUGAUGGCGAUGUCCGAGUUUAUUCUGAGUUAUGUUUGUUGACUUCCAAAGCCUUCUCUUUUCAAAUCACACUAUAUUACAUUGA